CAGCUAGGCCUCCCUAGUUGAUCCCCGGCUGGCGGGAGGGAAGAGGCGGCAGCAUGAGCCACGUAGUGACCAUCGAGGAGCCCCAGGCUACGCCGCAGGUGUCUCCGACCGGGUGCAGGGUGAGGUCGGGGACCUGGGGCCAGGUCUCCUCCAAUCGAACGUAUGAUUUCCUGUACGAUCCAUUGUUUAUUUUGUCAAGUGAGAAAGACCACACACAGGCAAAUAUCCAAGCCACCGUGAUUCGAAGCAAACUGAGAAAAGUUCCCAGGUUUAGGACCAUGUUCAGUAACCUGAUACAUUAUCCAAGAUAUUCUCUGCAUUGGAGCAAAGCAGACCCCGUCCCGCCAUUCAUCAGUCGGGAGUGGAAGGGUCACAAGGAGAAACACAGAGAAGCCCUCCUGCAACUUUCUGCAACUGACACUUCUUUUCAGAUGCCUAAAGAAGUUUAUGAAGAUCCUGAAGUUACUGGAAAGAAUCGCUAUAAAUAUUUUGAAAGGCCUUUCCUUCCGUUUUAUCAACAGAUGCCAUUGAAUGUUGUUUUUGAAGCAGCCAAGACAGAGCCAUAUACUUUUCCUCCUGCUUCUACUAAGUACCAACACAUCUCUUCAAAAUGUACUGUGAGCACUCAGACUGAUUAUCGGGAUGCCGAAGUUCAAACAGAUCCGUAUUCUCCAGAAUACGUCGUAUGUCAGGACUCAAUCCCUGAGCUCUUGACCCUGGCCACUCUGACUUGGGGUCGAGGUCUCCCGGCAGGACAAGCUGAGGUAGAGAUGAUAGAACGUGCCCGGGAGAAGCGUGCUUGGGAAGCCACUCUUCCCUCUCUGAGUGACACCUCCCAGUUUGAGAAGAGGAGGAGGAUGAUGAAUGUGAUGGAGAGGAAGGAGUGGGCCUUCAGAGAGCAGGAGAUUGAAAAACUGCAGGAGCUCCGCCUGGAAGUUCUGAAAGAGCUGCUGAAGAAGCGUGAUGAGAAUCAGAAUGAAGUGAACAUGAAGCACUUGAAUGCCCAGUGGUCUCAACUGCAGGAAGCAAAGGAGGCAAAGUUGGCGCAAAUUCAACACACACACGUAUCAGCAAUCAGAAAACUUGUGGGAAAGGGGAAGAAUAUAGAAGGGAAGUUGGACAGAAGAAACAUCAUCAAGGAUUAUUCUGAUUAUGCAUCACAGGUCUAUGGACCUCUAUCGCGCCUUGGUCGUUUCCCAGACAACAGCUCAGAGGACUUUGUAGUAAAAAACCACUAUCUCAACACCUAUGAAGGAUUAGUCGAGCUUGAGUCGUGUCUCCCAGAUUUUGUGACACAACCCCGAAUCAGACCUCCAAAACCAAAAGUCACUACCACCAAAGCUGGUUUUCUGAAGAGGGCAGCAAGGAUGGACCAUGAGUUGGCAGAGGUUCAUAAGGCACUGUUGGAUAAGAAGAAUAAGGCUCUUGAACCAAAGAAACCUCUGCGCUUUCUUCAAAGAAAGCCAAUUCCUCAACCUCGGCUUCCAACUCCAACCUUGGAAAUGAGUUCCAAUGAAGAAGAAGAUAUAGAAAUGGCUGUAAUCUACCUUCAGAAGUUACUCCGGGGCAGAGUCGUUCAGAACGUGAUGUUCGAAGGGAAAGAAAAGCGACUGGAGUUGAUCCAGGAGCUACGCACAAGCCAUGCGCUACAGGAAGAUGACAGGCUGGUGAUGAAGGCGGAGAAGCAAGUGACCCUGGCCCUACAGCGGCAGAGGAACUUGCGUGAGCACAAGGUGUCACUGGUGGAAAACCAUUUGGCUGGACUGGAAGGAAGGGUGCUGGCCGACAUGUUUGACUUUCUGUCCAAAGAGCUGGUGAGACUGCAGGAAGAGAGGAGGGUCCACGCCUUUGCCAUGCUGGCCGAGCGGCAGCGGAGGAUGCGAGAAGCCGAAGAGAGUGGUCGGCGCCAGGUGGAACAAAGGCGCCUGCGGGAGGAGGACCAGAUAUUUAAGGAGGUGAUUAAAGUUCACCAAAGUACUGUAACUUCCUACCUGGAAGACAUAAUACUGAAUACUGAAGAGAAUACUGCAGAAGAACAAGCCAGGGCAGAAAUUGAGAAGAUGGCUGAGGAAAUCAAUGACAUUGCUUAUGAAAUGGAAAGCCGUCGAACUCAGCUUCAGUCAGAGGAGAUUGUUGCCGAGCUGGUUUAUAGUUUCCUGAUCCCACAGGUGCAAAAGGAGUUUGUCAAAGAAAAAGUGAGGAACGCACAGCGGAAGCAUCUUCUUGCAGCCCAUCAGAUCAUCCACAGGCACACGGAAGCCGUGGUCAGAAAGAAUCUUGUUGAGCAGCAGCAAGAUGAGGUCUCGGACACUGACGAGUUACUACAGGGAGAAACCCAAAAUGAGAAAGACAGCUAAGAUUAUGAUCUUUUUUAAAGGAAGCUGUAUAAAUCAUCGUAAAGAAUCCAGCAGUCUGUGCUUCUCCCAAGAUGGGCUGCUCUUAUGGGCUUGUCAAUGUGUGAUUCAUGAGGAAAGAGAUACAUUUUCCUUAAACUCCCAAUAAUUUAAAAUGAUUUUCAGUGAUGGUAAUCAAAUGAAGGAGUUUUAUUCUCUUUGGUGUUUCCUAGAUGCUCUACUUCAAGAGAAAACUUUUUCGUCUCUUAUUUCAGCAUUUUGUUAACUAUGAGGAUUUGCUGGCUUGUAGAAUCAAACAAAAAGAAAUGUUACUAAAUAUAUCUUAAGCAGUUUUGGUUUGUUAUUCCUAGCGCUUUGGCGUUAUCUGCUAAGGUUGAAAAUAUGCAUACCCCAUGACCCAGCAUUUCCUCUCCUAGAUAUAUACCCAGUAGAAAUGCAUGAGUAUGUGCACCAACAGGCAUGACAAGAAUGUUCAUAGCAGUAUUAUUCGUGAUAACCCCUUAACUGGAAACCCAAAUGUCCAUCGACGUUGGGACAGAAAAAUAAACUGUGGUGUAUCUGUAGAGUGGCACAUCAACUCACUGCUGAGCUCUAGAUCUAAGAAGCAUCACGCAACACCUAUAGAGAGGGCGCUGUUGGAGAGCAAUCUGCCCAUCCUGUGGUUGACAAGCAUCAGGGUUGAAUGGAUCCCUCUUCAUUUAAAGAUCAGUAAAUAGGAAAAACAAUAAAUAAGCAAAAGCAUCAACAACAAGUCAACAUGGGACCCAUAUAAAGAAUUUACCAAAAAAAAUGUAUGUUACUCUGAAAACAGAAUAAAAGCCUAUCUUAGAAAAUAUCUUACAGGAUAUUUUCCUACCUUCUUUGUAGGAAAUGAGAAAAGCUUCAGAAACUGUCUGCUUGGUGUUUUUAAUAGAAGGCAAGAAGAAAUGGCCUCUUAGGGAAGUGAAGCAAGGAAUAAUAAGAACAGACAGAGCCCAAAAAAGAGACAGAUGCAGGCUGAGAAUAAAAGAAAGCAGGCUAAGAUGAAAAAAAUAUACAAAAAGAUUAAAAAUCCAAUGACAUCCCUUUGGAUUCAGUUACAAGAACAGAAAUAUCACAGCAGAGACUAAAACGGGAUGUUGCUGACAAUGUGUGGUCAUCCAGUAUGCGUUGGGAAGGAAAGGGCAAAGAGAUGAAAAUGACAAAGAGGCCGGCUCUGGAGGACAAUCCUACAAGCAAUAGGAAUUCGUAAAGAAGAAACGAACACAAACAAAAUAGAAACGAUAAUCAAAGUUAUAAUAAAAGAUUUUCUGAGCUGAAAAAAUACUUGACCAUACAAACUUGAAAGAGUUGACCUUGACUUGGAAAACUAGGAUGGGGGCAACUUUUCUCCUGAGGAUCACUGACUGGCAGAAAAGUACUGCCCGAGUAAGGAGGCAAUGGAACUUUGUUUCGUUCCUUUAAAAAUGCUAACCUGAACUAGGUAAAAGUUGAUAUUAUUCACUUGUGACAUAAAAAACCAGGAACACAAAAUGAGAAGAAGCGAGUUAGGCAUG